AUGUGCCGGUUCCUACACGCAACGACGGACGGUGGUGCUGCUCGCGGUAUGGCGGACAUCAAGAAUGAGGUCAGGUCAAGUCGUCGAAUCAACUCCACGGACAAGGAUUCUUCAGCCAGCUGGGACUCCCCUCUCCUCCAGCCGCUCAUUGCCGCGGGACUGGCAGCGGCAUUCCUGGCCUCCGCCCCCCGUGUUCUUGCGGAAGCCGCUGUUGCUGCCGCUGAUGGCGCAGCAGCUGGUUCCGCCGCAUCAGCAGCGGCGCAGGCGUGCGGGGAGCUGCUGGGCGGGGCGGACUUCAACACUGUGGUGGCCGUGACGUGCGCGCUCGAGUUCAUUGCGCUCACUGGCGCUGCCGUGGGAGGGUACAUGGCAUUGCAGCAGGGGGCGGAGAUGGAGCGCAUCAACAAGCAGUUGAGGCAGAUCAACAUGAGCCUCAAGAGGCAGGCCCGCUUGGACGCUCCCUCCCUCGCCUACUCCCCGCCUCCUCCUAGCGCCGCCUCGCCUGCAGCCGGCACCAGCCGCAUAGCAGGGACAGCAGCAGCUCCCGCUGCUGACGCACCUGCAGAAACAACCAGGGCAACGGCUGUUGGUGAAAUGGCUCGUGGUGGGAGUGAUGAGAGGGCAGAGCUGCUGCGCAUGCUGAAAGAGGGGAAGAAGCACCUGCGGGAUGGGCACCCAGGGUCGGCAUUUGUGGAGUUCCAUGUGGCUCUGAGCAAGGCAAAGGAGCUGGGAGAUGCGGUUGAAGAGAAGAAAGCUGCCAGAGGACUUGUGGCGAACAUUUACGACGACAACGCGUCGAACGCGUCGUUCGCAAACGACCUGCGGCGCUUCUCGUAUCGCGAGCUGCAGGCGGCCACGGGGCGGUUCCGGCGCGGCAACCUGCUGGGCGAGGGCAGCUUCGGCAAGGUGUACCGCGGCUCCGUGCCGGACUGGCUCGGCGAGCUGCCGCGUGGACAGAAGCGCAAAGUGGCGAUUAAAGUGCUCGAUGCUGAUAGCUUUCAGGGCUUCGGCGAGUGGAUGUCGGAGGUGCUGCUGCUGGGGAGGCUGAGCCACCCCAACCUGGUGCGCCUGCUGGGAUACAGCACGGACAGGGAGGAGGCCAUCCUCGUUUAUGAGCUCCUCAGUAACGGCAGCCUCGACGCCUGGCUUUUCUCAGACGACUCCAGCAGCAGUCGUGUGCGGCGGGUGCUGACAUGGGAGGAGCGCGUGCGCAUUGCACUGGAUGCGACCAUGGGGCUGGCGCACCUGCACGCGGAGAACAUUAUUCACCGCGACUUCAAGUCCUGCAACAUCCUCCUCGACCACAGCAUGCGGGCGAAGCUGACGGACUUUGGCAUGGCGACGGUGGGGCCGGAGGCGGGGCAGACGCACAUAUCCACGCGCGUGCUGGGCACCAUGGGGUACCUCGACCCCAAGUACCUCGAGACAGGCCACCUGACGCCCAAGAGUGACAUCUACGCGCUGGGGGUCGUCUACCUGGAACUCCUCACUGGCCGCCCGCCCUCAAGCGACGAAGACCAGGAUGCCAACGGGGAGGGCGGCUUGACAGCCUGGAUUCGGCCACACAUUUCAGUGCGCCGCCCGGAUCUAGACAUCAUCCUGGACCCGCGAUUAAAGGACCAGUUCUCCCGCGUUGCCGCGCAGAAGCUUCUGGUUCUGGCCAAGCACUGCAUCAGUGAGGACCCGGUGGCGCGGCCGCAGAUCCAGGACCUGGUGAAGUCGAUGCAACACAUCGUUGCCAUCGGGCACUCUCGAUCCGACUCCAGUGGGUCGACCAUGUCUGGUCACAGCAGAUCAGCCUCCCUUGUCUCCGCCACAUCCGGGGGACACAGCAGAUCCGCUUCUGUUUCUUCAGCUUCCGCUAAUGAGGCCGCGGUGAGCAGCGUUGCAGACAGGAACGGUGGUAGAGACGCUAGUGGCCGGCGGAGUGGGGAAGGGCGGAACUCGUGGCGCUCGUUGUCAUGCAGAGAUGCCGGGGGAGGAAGUGACAGAGGCGCAGAGAAUGGGAUUGAUGACGGGUCAUAUGUUAAUGCUGGCAAGGUGGUGUUUCAAGAUGCUGCUCCAAGGUGCUGCUCAGCUGAGCUCAACGCGGGGAAUCUCCGCGCAAUCCGCAUCGGGCCCUGCUACCGCCGUUGCUCGCGGCACUCCGACGCUGCCGUCCGCAGCUCCGCCAUGACCCACGCAGAUCCCGCUGCGCGCCAAGCGUCGAUCGCCGACGCAAGGAAUGACGUGGAUCAGGCGGCGGGCGGAGCGGAGUUGGGCCAGGCGGCAGGUGAUAGAGGCGGGGAGUGGGCGGCGGUGGGGCUGGGACUGGUGGAGGUGCAUCUGGCCGCCAACGAGAGCCCCGCGUCGCGCGAAAAGCGCAUUCGCGCGCUUUUUCAGACGUUCGACACCGAAAAUAGAGGCGCGCUGACGCGGAGGCAGAUAGAGAGGGGGUUGGCGCGCAUGGGCGUGCCGGUGGACUACAAGUUCUCUAAAGACCUACUCGCCGCCAUCGACCAGGUGCGCGCUCGCCGCCAUCCGCCAGGUGCGCGCUCGCCGCCAUCGACCAGGUGCGCGCUCGCCGCCAUCCGCCAGGUGCGCGCUCGCCGCCGUCCGCCAGGUGCGCGCUCGCCGCCGUCCGCCAGGUGCGCGCUCGCCGCCGUCCGCCAGGUGCGCGCUCGCCGCCGUCCGCCAGGUGCGCGCUCGCCGCCGUCCGCCAGGUGCGCGCUCGCCGCCGUCCGCCAGAACGGGGACGGCGUGUGUGACUAUAACGAGUUCCACCGGUACAUGGACAGCAAGGAGGUGCAGCUGUACCGCCUCUUCCAGCAGCUCGACACCGACUUCGAUGGCGCCAUCUCCCUGCAUGAGCUCGCUGCCGCGCUGCACCACGCUGCGGAGGAGGGCGAGGUACAGGCGUUAAUGAGUCGCAUGGAGCACAACCACGAUGCCCCAUGCCCAGACUGCUCCGCAUGCCCAUGCCUCUCCCCCCACACGCCAUGCACGGCAGGCAUACACCUACUGGAGGGCGAGUUACAGGCGUUCAUGGAGAAGAUGGAUCACAACCUCGAUGCCUCAUGCCCAUGCCUCUCCGCAUGCCCCUACCUCUCCGCAUGUCCAUACCUCUCCGCAUGCCCAUGCCCCAUGCCUCUCCCCCUCCCCCCCAUGCACGGCAAGCAUCCACCUGGCGGCGGGCGAGUUACAGGCGUUCAUGGAGAAGAUGGAUCACAACCACGAUGCCCUAUACCUCUCUCUCUCGCCCUCUCCCCAUGCGCAUACCUCCCCCCGCCCCACCUAACAGGCAUACACCUAGUGGAGGGCGAGCUACAGGCGUUCAUGGAGAAGAUGGAUCGCAACCACGAUGGCGUGCUGUCCUUCAACGAGUGGCGCGACUUCCUGCUGCUCUUCCCCCACCGCGCCACCUCCAUCGCCACCGCCUACCAGGUCCGUGCCUCUGUGCGUCUGUCCUCUGUGCGUCUGUCCUCUGUGCGUCUGUCCUCUGUGCGUCUGUCCUCUGUGCGUCUGUCCUCUGUGCGUCUGUCCUCUGUGCGUCUGUCCUCUGUGCGUCUGUCCUCUGUGCGUCUGUCCUCUGUGCGUCUGUCCUCUGUGCGUCUGUCCUCUGUGCGUCUGUCCUCUGUGCGUCUGUCCUCUGUGCGUCUGUCCUCUGUGCGUCUGUCCUCUGUGCGUCUGUCCUCUGUGCGUCUGUCCUCUGUGCGUCUGUCCUCUGUGCGUCUGUCCUCUGUGCGUCUGUCCUCCGUGCGCCUGCUGCUGCCACCACCCUGCCGCCACCCUGCCUUUCCCCGUGCUUUCCCCGUGCCCUCGCCGAACUCUCACCUCGUGGCCAUGCAUCGCUGUCCCUGCCGCUUCUGCCAAUGCCCUCCCCCUCUACUCUCCACCUUUCUGCGCCCCUCGCCCUUCACGUUUUCCUCCCCAACCUCCCCCCCCACUCCUUCCCUCCCCCCGCUUUUCCUGUCACAGUACUGGGAGCGAGUGCAGCAGGUGGACAUAGGCGAGCAGCCAGUCAUCCCCUCAGGCCUCUCUGCAUCACUCUCCACCGCUCCCGACGCCUCCGCCCUGGCGUGGCGCUACUUCCUGGCGGGCGGCGUGGCGGGUGCCGUGUCGCGCACGGCCACGGCGCCCCUGGACCGCCUCAAGGUGCUGCUGCAGUGCGCCAAGGCCGCCGCUGCUGCUGCUGCCAGCAGCGCCGCCCCAAGGGCUGUUGGCGCGAGUGGUGCAGCAGGGAGGGCUGUGCACGCAGCAGCAGGGGGGGCACAGGCAGGUGGCACCCGAGGGACAGUGGCAGCAGUGUCAACAGCAACAGGGGGAGCAACGGAGGGAGCAGCAAGGGCAGGCGCGGGAGGAAGGCUGUCCAGCGCCGCUGUUCCUGGUGCUGGCACCAGUGCCGCACCACGCCUACCAACAACCUCACCACCACACCCACACCCACCACCGCAAUCAGCAGCAGCACCUCAAUCGCCCGUCCCCCCCUCCCACCACCCCCCACCCCCAUCCCGUGCCACUCCUCCUUCCCCUUCUGCCUCCUCCCCCGCCCCCCACCACCCCCGCCCACGCCAUUCGCGCUGGCAAUUCUCUCUCCUCCGCACCGCCUCCCCCUCGGCCCCGUCUUUCUCGCUCUCACCCUCUACACAAGCACCACCUCGCCUGCCGCCCAGCAUGCCGCUCUGGUGGCAGAACAUGCAGUCUGGCCGGCAGGCCGCAAUCGCCGGGCGGCAGCAGGUGGCGGGCGGGCGGCUGACGCUGUGGCGAGCGGUGCAGCAGGUGUACGGGGAGGGCGGCGUGGGGGCGUUCUUCAAGGGCAACGGCAUCAACGUCGUCAAGGUGGCGCCCGAGUCAGCCAUCAAGUUCUACGCCUACGAGCUCCUCAAACGCGCCAUCUCCCCCCCUGCUGCUGCUGGGGGUGCUGGUGCUGCUGAGAAGUCGGGGGAGACGGCGGUGACGCGGCUGGUGGCGGGGGGCAUGGCGGGCGCCGUGGCACAGACGGCCGUGUACCCACUCGACCUCGUCAAAACGCGCCUGCAGACCUACCACCUCACAUACGGCCGGAACCCGCCGCCCCUCGCCGCCCUGACGGCGGAGAUCCUGCAGAGGGAGGGGGCGGGCGCCAUGUUCCGCGGGCUGCUGCCGUCCAUCCUGGGCAUGAUCCCGUUCGCCGGCAUCGACCUGGCGGCGUAUGAGACGUUGCGAGACGCCUUCACCCCGUGGAUCGAACGCCGCCCUGAGGCGGCGCCGGUGCUACAGCUGGCGUGUGGAACGGUGUCAGCCACGGUGGCCGCCACCCUCGUCUUCCCCCUGCAGGUCAUCCGCACCCGGCUGCAAGCACACGUCAGCGCACCGCCCGCACCAAGCAGCGCAUUGGGUUUUGCAGCAGGAGCAGCAGCGCCAACAGCAGCAUUGUCAGCCAUGGGUGUGGCACGCAGGGGGCCAACAAUGGGGGAGGUGACACGGGAGCUGUGGCAGGAGGGCGGCGUGCAUGCCUUCUUCCGAGGUGUGGUGCCGAACCUGCUCAAGGUGGUGCCCGCUGCCAGCAUCACGUACGUCACGUAUGAGCACAUGAAGAAAGUGCUCGCACUUAAUUAG